AAGAGAAGAAACGUGCAAAAACCAGUAAACUACCUACUCUCUCACAAACAAUCCCAAAAAAUAACUGUAACAAAAAGUAGGAAAGUCUCUUAUCGGUGGAACAAGCAAAAUAUUCCCCCUCUUGAUGCCGUGAUUCUAAUUGCCAACAAUUUGUUUGUGUGUUUUUUAUUAGUAAUUACCGCACUUGUUUGUGAUUUUUUCUUUUCUCCUUGUUCUAUCUCCGUGGAGGUUGUUCAACGGCCGUUUGUGUCACAUUUAGGUACCAACCUAUUAGAAAAUCCAAUUUUUCACUGUAUAUAAUAUUUUGCGUGUCAAGUAUGUGUCUUCAUGAAAGUUCUUUACUGGGGUGGGCGAUUUGGCAAAAGGGCCAUGGUUAAAUUUCUCGUAUUUGCAGUGGGCAUUAUUUUAUUGAAUGUCUGAGGGAGCUUCUUCAAAUGGAUCUUGAAACUGGGUUUUAUCAGAAUCGGGUAAAGAAAGAGUCUUGGCGAACAGUAUUGACAUUGGCUUAUCAGAGCCUGGGCGUUGUAUAUGGAGAUUUAAGUACAUCACCGCUGUAUGUGUACAAGAACACUUUUGCAGAGGACAUUAUACAUUCUGAGACAAAUGAGGAGAUAUUUGGAGUUUUCUCCUUUGUAUUUUGGACAUUAACUUUGGUCCCUCUGUUGAAAUAUGUGUUUAUUGUGCUGAGAGCUGAUGAUAAUGGUGAAGGAGGCACAUUUGCUCUAUAUUCACUGUUGUGUAGGCAUGCCAAAGUAAAUUCAUUGCCUAGUUUUCAGUCAGCGGACGAGGAUUUGUCAGCAUACAAGAAGGAUAUAAAAAGUCCCGAGCCAUCGACUUUCGGAGCAAGGCUCAAGUCCAGUCUGGAAAAAUACAGAGUUUUGCAAAGAUUUUUGCUUGUUUUAGCUCUUCUUGGAGCUUGUAUGGUGAUUGGUGAUGGUAUCUUGACUCCUGCAAUUUCUGUUUUCUCGGCGGUUUCUGGUGUUGAGCUUGCCAUGGAAAAGGAGCAUCACAAAUAUGUCGAGGUUCCUGUUGCAUGUAUAAUACUGAUAGCCUUAUUUGCCCUUCAACAUUAUGGCACUCACAGGGUUGGGUUUUUGUUUGCACCUGUAGUCAUAACAUGGCUUUUGUGCAUUAGUGCUAUUGGUCUGUACAAUAUUUUCCGAUGGAACCCUCACGUAUAUAAAGCUCUGUCCCCGUAUUACAUGUACAAAUUUUUAAGGAAGACCCAAAGAGGAGGUUGGAUGUCUUUGGGAGGAAUUCUGUUGUGCAUAACAGGUUCAGAAGCAAUGUUUGCUGAUCUUGGGCACUUCUCUCAGCUUUCAAUUAAGAUAGCCUUCACGUCCAUCGUAUACCCAUCUUUGAUCCUUGCAUACAUGGGGCAAGCUGCCUAUCUCUCACAACACCACAACAUUCAAGAAUAUUAUAGUGUCGGGUUUUACGUCUCGGUACCUGAGAAAUUAAGAUGGCCUGUUCUAGUGAUUGCCAUCAUGGCCGCCGUUGUCGGGAGCCAAGCCAUUAUCACCGGAACAUUUUCCAUCAUAAAGCAGUGCUCUGCUCUGGGAUGCUUUCCGAGAGUGAAAAUCGUUCACACAUCCUCCAAAAUACACGGUCAGAUUUACAUCCCGGAAAUCAACUGGAUCUUGAUGUUCCUCUGCCUUGCUGUCACUAUCGGCUUCCGAGACACCAAGCGCAUGGGCAACGCUUCAGGGCUUGCAGUAAUAACCGUGAUGCUAGUGACAACGUGCCUGAUGUCUUUGGUAAUCGUCCUCUGCUGGCAUCGAAACAUCGCCAUCGCCAUCUGUUUCGUCCUUUUCUUCGGCUCGUUCGAGGCCCUCUACUUCUCGGCCUCCCUCGUGAAGUUUCUAGAAGGCGCGUGGGUCCCGAUUGCCAUCUCCUUGGCGGCCAUGGCCACUAUGUCCCUCGGAAUUGUCCGUGUCCGCGGCAUCGGGCUCAUCCACACGGACCUUGUCUCGGGAAUUCCCGCCAUUUUCUCCCAUUUCGUCACGAAUCUCCCGGCCUUCCACCAAGUGCUCGUUUUCUUGUGCGUCAAGUCGGUUCCCAUCCCUCAUGUUCGGGCCGAAGAGCGGUUUUUGGUCGGGCGGGUCGGGAAGAGAGAGCACCGGAUUUACCGGUGCAUUGUCCGGUAUGGAUAUAGGGAUAUGCAUAAAGACGACUUGGAAUUUGAGAAUGAUCUCAUUUGUAGUAUUGCGGAGUAUAUUCGGGCUGGGCCGGGCCGGGAUGGGCCCGAGGAGGAGGAGGAGGGGGAUUUGGUGGUGGUGGGGACGUCCUCAAGUUAUGGGGAUGGGGUGAGAGUGGACGAGGGAAAUGGGGUGGGCCCGUCGGUUAGGAAGAAAGUGAGAUUUGUGAUACCUGAGGGCCCGAAGAUGGAUUUGGGGGCCCGGGAAGAGUUGAGGGAGCUGAUGGAGGGAAGGGAGGCGGGGAUGGCGUAUAUUUUGGGGCACUCGUACGUGAGGGCUAAGGCGGGGUCGAGUUGGGUGAAGAAGAUUGUGAUAAAUUUG